CGGAAGGAGUUUCUGAAUCAUCAUUUCCAAGUCCAUGGGACGAUCUCCGAUGCACCAGAUGAUCCUGAUAUCAAGCCACAGUGAGUUCUCUGGUUUCGUUGCUUGUCUCCAGCCGCUGGCUCCGUGAGGAUACUCAUAUCAAACUAAAACAUGCAUAUCAAUCAAAAAACAGCAAAUAGAUCCAGAUUCACCUUUUCGAUGGUGCCUUUGGUGGGCGGCCGGAUGCCUUCAAUGCCAAUCAGCCAUGGGUUGGCCGGGAUGAUAUCACCGAGCUGUACUUUUGGAUCUGGGCGCAUCUCAAGAAUGUCUUCACUUCCGAGCACGUCAAGACGCACGUCAGGCCGGACGGGCUGAGCUUCAGCGAUAUUGCAGCGCCACUUCCUAUCAUGGCCCGCGAAAAGUCGCUACCCCUCCGGACGAACGAGAGACCUAGAUGAUGAGAACGGCCAAGUUCCCAAGGAAAUCGGUAUACAGCCCGAAGGAAUGGACUUGGCUGCCUACUUUGGCGGCUCGAGCAUGCCAACUUACCAUCUGGCUUACAAGACCUUCCUCAAGGAUCGCGCGUCAGUGACUGCCGUCCGCAAGGCGCAAAAGGCAUUCUAUGAGAACACGCAAGAUGAGCUGAACCAGAGCGGGAGCUUUGUUGUGUUUGGGAUCGAAGGGCUGAUCAUGGAUAUCGGGGCCAACACCCGUUUUGACCCGAGACGCGAACCAGAAAUGCCAGAUCUUUAGAUAGCUACUAGUUUCUUG